AUGCAAAGUAAAUACAUUAUAUAUAUUGAUGAAUAGAUUAUAAACUAAUAACUAAGAAGGGAGAAGGAACGUUUUCAGAAGUUAUAAAGGCUUAGUCAAUAAAAACAAGUUAAUUGGUUGCAAUAAAGUGUAUGAAACAAGUUUUUUAAACGAUUGAUCAAGUAUUAAAUAAUUUCUAAUAUUGGUUAAUAAAUUGAAGGAGAUUUAAGCAUUAAGAAAGUUGUAAAACCAUGAUCAUAUAAUAAAAUUGAUUGAAGUGUUAUAGUAAAUAAUAAAUAAUAAUAAUAUAGCGAUGAACCCACAGGUAGAUUAGCUUUAGUUUUUGAAUUAAUGGAGCAAAACCUUUAUGAACAUAUUAAAGGUAUGUAAGUUGAAUGAUAAAAUAGGUCGUAAAGUACCAUUAAAAUAAGACAAAAUUAGAAGUUAUAUGUACUAAUUGUUGAAAGCAAUAGAUUUCAUGCAUACAAACAAUAUAUUUCAUCGUGAUAUAAAGCCGUAAUAAAAUAUUUUGAUAUUUAGAGAGAAUAUAUUACUAUUAGGCGAUCAUCUAAAAUUAGCUGACUUAGGAUCUUGUAAAGGGAUAUAUUCAAAGCAUCCUUAUACAGAAUAUAUAUCAACAAGAUGGUAUAGAUCUCCUGAAUGUUUAAUGACUGAUGGUUAUUAUGAUAGUAAGAUGGAUAUUUGGGGAGCAGGAUGUGUAUUAUUUGAAAUUACUGCAUUAUUUCCUUUGUUUCCAGGAAGUAAUGAAUUGGAUUAAGUUCAUCGGAUUCAUAAUAUUUUAGGCACUCCCAAUCCUAAAGUACUUGAUCGUUUUAGGAAACAUGCAUCUCAUAUGGAAAUCAAUUUCCCAUCCAAAGUUGGAACUGGUUUAGAUAAUCUUAUUCCUCAUGCUCCUAAAGAUUUAGUCGAUUUAAUUAAAUAAAUGCUCGUGUAUGAUCCAGAAGAAAGAAUUAAUUCAAAACAAGCACUAAGACAUCCUUAUUUUAAAGAAUUACGAGAUUAAGAAUAAUAGAAACUUUUAGAAACAAGUCUAUAAUCUAUUAAAUUACUUAAAAAACAGUAUUUAUUAUCUAUUAUUUAAAAGUGAUGAUUCGCUUAUUGAAGAGGAAUAAAAUACAUCUCAUAUCUUACAUAAAAAGACUUUAUUCAAUCAAACCAAUAAAAUUUUACAGAAUUCGUUCAAAACCAGAAAUUAAUAACUUUUAGAUUCUGUUAAAUUACCUACACUUACAAAAAAAUAAGCAGAUUUGAAAAAAGCUUAUGGACCUGCUCAUUUUUAAAGUAUUUACUUAAAUUUUAUAUCUAUAGAUAAAGAAACAAAAAAAAAGUCUGUUCAAUAUGAAUAUGUGUUAUAUGGUAAAAAAGCAAAUCUAGGUAAUUUUUUAAAUACUAUCAGACAAAAAUGA